AUGCGGCGGGAGGGGAGUUACUGUCUGUCUACACAACGCGGCAACUCAAAGGACCCGCAAUGCCAGGAACUCCAUUGUGACGUCUUUCUUUCUCUCCACACAGGUGAGGUGAGAGUGUCCCCUGUUGUCUAUGACACGGUACGUCUUCCAUGUUGGUUUCCUUUUAUACAAGGAGUGGACGACCUCAGAGCAGUCUGGGUGAAGGCGGGAAAAGAUGGAAAUGAUUUGCAGGUCUACAAGUUUGUGAAUGGUCAGCAUGAUCUCUCCAACCAGGAUUCCCAGUUCAGAGGACGUGCAGAUUUGUCAGGAGACAUCUCACAGGGGAAGCUGGACCUGACCCUGACCGCAGUCACCAUGAUCGAUGACGGGGUUUAUUACUGCCGAGCUGCCAAUCAAAUAAAUCAUGGAGAUAACUCAGUGAUAUUGUCUGUCAGGGCUCUGCCACCACAGAUGAUGGAGAGCUUGGUUGAUGGCGACGUCGCUCUGGUGCCAAAAUAUUUUGGUGUCCCAACAGAAAUAACCUGGAAGUUGGACGGUAGUAAAAUUGUGGAGUGGGAGUUGGUGUCACCAGUUCCUCAUUUUUACCGCCUUGCAGACAGAGCUGCCUUGUCCCGCAACGGAACCUUGACCAUAAGAAAGCUGCGUAAGGAGGACUUGGGGAUCUACAAGUCGGAGGUGCUAGUGAAUAAUUAUAUUCAGGAAACAGAACUAUGGCUCAGUGUGCUCGAUCGGGUUUCCAAGCCCACCAUCUACGACAGCAGCUCCAGUCAGGAGAUUAACCUGUCUUGUAUCUCCUCCACCAUCAAUGUGACCUACACAUGGCUGGACCAAACCAGAGGAGAAACUGUGUCUACUAAUCAGCAGGACUACAUUGCACCCCGACCAAAAGAGAAUGUUGUACUGACCUGCACUGUAAAUAAUUAUUUAUCGGAGGACAGUGAAUCUAUAACAAUCCCUUACAAUGCAGACCCCGAUGAACUGGACGGCUGCAGGGCUAGCUUGGAAUGUGUCUUUGGGGCACUGGGCUCCACAUUAUGGUGGUUUCCAGACCUGAGAGUGUACCAUUGUGAGGGAACAUCUUCUUGCUAUGGCUCCUCUGUUGCAAGUGACGCAGCCAUCCACCUUGGUUGGUCUUUGCUGUCCAUCUACAAUGACUUGGUCACCGCCGGCCUCGCUAAGCUCUCCCGCAGCAGCAUGUUCAUGAGUACCUAA